AUGAAUGAUUUUGAAACCAUAGGAGUUAAAAGAUUCUUCAAUGGGCAUAUCAAGGACGGAGAAUGUGUACUAAAACAGGAAGUAUUUGACUUUAUAGUUCAGGAGAUGACACCAACUAGGCUGUGUGGAAUACUCCCUAUUGUCGACCAUAAAGGAUUUCUGGAAGGAAAAGAAGUAGUCGGAUAUUCUGAGGGUCUAAGUAUUGAGGAGAAGGAACAACGCACUAUAAUGCACAAGAAGCUAAAGUGUUAUCCAUUUGUAAAGGCCAAAACUAUUGGGGGGAAGAUAUGUCUUGAGCAUACCGACGAGGAUGUAUAUUCAUUUGUUCUCCAGAAGGUGAUGUUUAAUACGAUUGAUGCAGGAAAAUGGAUCUGUAAAAGACUUGGAGUUCCCGAUAAUGCAUUUCAGUUUGCAGGGAAUAAGGAUAAGAGAGCUGUUACAUUCCAGGAGGUUACUGUUCAAUGUUCCUUCAUGAAACUCUACAAACUUGCAGUGAAGUUGAACAAGGAAGAGAAUUCUUUCGAAUGGGAAGAUUUGAUUGGGGAAGGUUACAGCAGGGAAAGUAUUGAAGAGGAAAACAGAAAGGUGGAAGAAGAAAUCCUAAAGAUUAAGGGGAUAAGCUCAGAAGAAUGGAAAGAAGAACUUGAGAGGAGUUGGCCGGAGGAAAGAGAAAGGAUAGAAAAGCCCUUAGAUAGAGAACUAGCUGAAUGGGAAAGAUUCAGGUCUUCAAUAAAGAUCUUUGAUAUCAAGAAGUCGUCAGUAAGGAAACUGGGAGACUUAAAGGGAAAUAGGUUUAGUAUAGCAUUGCGAGGCUUCAAGGACAAAGGACUGAUAGAGAACCUAGAAAGGGGCUUUUUGAAUUACUUUGGACAGCAGAGAUUUGGAAAUAAGCUAAAAAAUCACGAGAUAGGAUAUGAAAUUCUGACAAAGAAAUACGAAGAGGCUGUUAAUAAGAUUAUGAAGGGAGGAAAAUGCUAUGAACUUUAUAUAGACGGGAAGUACGAAGAAGCCAUGAGCCUCGGAGAUGGAGUGGAAAAGUACAUUCUGAAGUGCAAAUCCAAAGGGAUAAAGGAAAAGGAUAUGAUAUAUGGACUACGCAGGGAGCUUCGGAUGUUAUACCUCCAUUCUUACCAGAGUCUAAAGUUUAACGAAGCUAUUAACAGCAGGAUGGAGUAUGGAACAAGUGUUGUUGAGGGAGACAUGGUUUAUGUGGAUGGAGAGGUCAAGGCUGUGGAGAAUCCAUCUGAGUUUAGUAUAUUCGAUGUGGUCCUACCGUUGGAGAAAUUCAACAACAAGAUGCUAAAGGGUGGGUAUAGAAAAAUAGUGGAAAAGGCCAACAACGUCAUUAUGACUGAGUUUGAGGAUCGGGUUGUGGUUAAGUUUUUCCUGAAUAGCUCGUGCUAUGCCACAAUGGCUCUGAGAGAGGUAAUUGGAAACUCUGUACUGAAUAAAGUAAGCGUUUAA